AAGAGCACGAAGCCAGCGCCCCCUUUCAAGUACGGAUUAAAAAAUGGUUCAUCGGACAAAAACAAGAAACAGAUUUCUUUCGUCCGUCCUUAAGGUCCUUACUGACUCACAACAUCCUGAUCAACAUUGACAUUUCAAAAGCCAAAAACCCCCUGAAAGAAGUGUAUCUCAAAAAGAAAGGGUUGGCUUAUCUGUUGAUGAAAGAGGCCUACAAGGAUGCCUUUAUCCUGCACGACAAGUCCCGGGAAGAUAAGUCCGUGGAACCUCUCCCCUCUAGUCAAGUCACGCCGGUGAAGUUAUCGAACGACGUGGAGAUUCCGGCUAGUUACGAGCCUCCCCGGACCGUGUUAGACACAAGGGCCAUGCUUCACCGACAAUGGACUGGAUUUUGUCGUCACCGUCAGCCCCUGGACUUGGUCCGAAACUAUUUCGGUGAAAAAAUCGCCUUCUACUUUGGUUGGGUCGGGACCUUAAUCACGUCGCUGUGGAUGCCCGCGUUGCUUGGAAUAAUUGUAUUUUCUGUCGGAGUUGCAAGAAAGUGAGUAAC